AUGCAUACUCUUUCUGCAUUGGCCGGACUCGGCCUCUUGGCCAGCUCAGCCCUGGCCAGCCCAGUGAGCCUUCAUGCUCGCAACUCUUCCUCGACUGCCCAGAGCGUCGUCUACUGGGGCCAGAACGGCGGUGGCACCAUCGAAAACAACGAUCUCGCUGCAUACUGUAAUGGCACUUCUGGUAUCGACGUUCUUGUGCUCGGUUUCCUUUACCAAUAUGGAAAUGGAAACACUGUUCCCGGAGGUGGGAUUGGACAGUCUUGCACUAUAGAAUCCGGCAAGGGCCAAAACUGUGACAGCUUGGCUGCCGCUAUUCCCAAAUGUCAAGCUAAGGGCAUCAAGGUUAUCUUGUCACUUGGUGGCGCCGCAGGUGGAUACUCCCUCUCAUCUUCUUCAGAGGCAAGCCAAAUUGGUCAGUAUUUGUGGGAUGCAUAUGGUGGGUCAGGAAACGGAACUGUUGAGCGACCACUUGGUAAUGUUGUUGUCGACGGCUUUGACUUUGAUAUCGAGAACCCCCACGGCGCCGAAUAUUACCCAGACCUCAUCUCAACCCUUCGCUCCAACUUCGCAAAGGAUACCAGCAAGACCUACUACGUCACCAGUGCUCCUCAGUGCCCGCUCCCUGAACCCAACAUGGGUGCCAUCAUCCAGAAUGCCAAGUUCGACAAGAUCUGGAUCCAGUUUUACAACAACAACAACUACACUUACCCUUGUGCUCUCGGAAUCAACGGCGAUGCUGCCUUCAACUGGAACGACUGGGUUUCUUUCACUGCCAACAGCUCCUCCAAGGGUGCUGAGCUCUACGUUGGUGUUCCUGCCUCUGACCUGGGUGCAAAUGGUACCCCUACUGGAUCCGUUUACUACGCCACCCCCGAUCAACUCGCUACAAUUGUUUCAGGCAUCAAGGGCGACGCUUCGUUCGGUGGUGUGAUGAUGUGGAGUGCCGGCUUCUCUGACGCCAACGUCAACAACGGCUGCACUUAUGCUCAAGAAGUCUCCAGCAUUCUUAAGACUGGGAAGCCUUGCUAA